ACGCUUGGCAAACCGACUCAUAUUUACGACGGUUGCAGCCUCCCGGAGGGGUCACGUGACCCCCGUUUGCGACCUGCUGACCAGCAAAUGGGGAACCCAGGUUCAUUUAAUGACCGUGUUGCUAACUGAAGCGAUUCACUGAACCUUCCAACUUUAUUAUUGUUGUUGUUGUUGUUAUUGUUAUUAUUAUGUGUGACUGUGUAAGGAAAGUCCUAAAACGGGGCAAAACGGAGCCUCUGUCUCACUUAGCAAUGGAAUCUUUGGCCUCCAUCGCGUUCGUAAGGCGAGGACUGCCUGCAAUCAUCCCAUUUUUUAAAUUAUUAUUAUUAUUAUUAUUAUUUUCCCUUUCCAGCCUUCAAAGCCAAAUUGCCAGGAUGCCUGUUCUGGUUGGGCCACUCGAGAAAGUGAGUCAAGCUGGCAUUUGUAGCCUGUCACUCGAGUCGGGCUGCUUCGCCGGGCAGGCUGUGACAAGCCGCCCUCCGCCCUGCCCCGAUAAAUGCCAGGAUCUGGCUGAGAGAAAUGGGCCGUGCGCGGCAAAGGAAUUUCGUCAAAUUGGCAGCCGGUUUCCUUGUCUUUCCUCAUCCUGCUGGUUCCAGGAGCGGCGCUCGCUUCACCAGCCCUUUUGAUCCCAGGAGAUCUCCCCGGGCGCCCAGCUCCCCUUUGAUGCCGCUGCUGGGGCAGGAGGGCUGGCAACGACUUCAGCUCCCAGAAUGCAGCAGGCCCAGCGGGGGCUGAGAAUUCUGGGAAAGCCGAGCCCUGUUUGAAAGAUCCCUUUUGAAUUUUUCAGGGGCUUGAAACAAAGGUGAGGCAAUGGGUAGCCCUGAAGAUGACCUGAUCGGCAUACCUUUUCCGGAGCACAGCAGCGAACUCCUGGGUCGUCUGAACGAGCAGCGUCGCCGAGGGAUGCUGUGCGACGUCACUCUGCGAGCCCAGGGCUCUGAAUAUCAGAGUCACCGGGCCGUGUUGGCCGCCUGCAGCCGCUACUUCCAAAGGCUUUUCGCCGGCCCCUGCAUGCCAGUGUGCGAGCUUGAUUUUGUGGGCGCAGACGCCUUGGGGGCCCUGCUGGACUUCGCCUACACCGCCACCCUGACCAUCAGCACGGGCAGCCUUUGCGAUGUCUUGCGCGCCGCACGCAUCCUGGAGAUCCCCUGUGUCAUCGCGGCUUGCGUGGAGAUCCUGCAAGGAAAUGGCUUGGAGGCGCCUGUGCCGGAUGACGCCGCACGGGAACGCGCCCGGCGAUACCUGGAAGCUUUCGGCACGCUGCCUAACAUGGAAGGCGACCUGGCCGAGCCCUCCGCGUGCCCAGCUCCCCGCCGUAGUAAGAAAACGCGCAAGUUCCUGCAAGCCAAAGGCUCGCGACUAAACAACCACAUCACGGAGGUUUCUCCGUCCUUGUCUCCGGCGUCAACAGAGACUCAGGAGCGCCCCAGUCCGCCCAGCCAGGCAUCGCCUGCCCCAGCGCUGGGCCACCCCCGCGAGGAGGAGGAAGAGGUCAUGCCCCCCUCGCGUACCUUCCCCUUCCCGUACGUUCCCAGUCUCUCUCUAGAAGACCUGGGUUCAGACGAUGAGCCCACGGAGCAGGACAUUCUAUCCUACAUGCGUCGAUUAAACCAGGAGGGUCUGUCCGUGGGUCUCGACCCCCCAGACAAGUUGGUACGCAAGCGGCGCUCGCAGAUGCCCCAGGAGUGUCCCGUCUGUCACAAGAUCAUCCACGGGGCAGGGAAACUACCUCGCCACAUGCGGACCCACACUGGGGAGAAGCCGUUCGCCUGUGACGUGUGCGGCGUCCGUUUUACCCGGAAUGACAAACUCAAGAUCCACAUGCGCAAACACACUGGCGAGCGCCCCUAUUCCUGUCCCCACUGCACAGCUCGCUUCCUGCAUAGCUACGAUCUGAAAAACCACCUUCAUUUGCACACGGGCGCCCGUCCCUACGAGUGCUGCCUUUGCCACAAAGCCUUCGCCAAGGACGACCACCUCCAGCGCCACCUGAAAGGCCAGAACUGUCUGGAAAUCCGCACCAGGCGCCGACGCAGGGGUCCCGAUCCGGAGCCCGAUUCCCUGAUACCCACCGGCGUUGCCUUGUCCACCACUCAACUCGGUUUGGCCAACGGGCGCAUGGAGGAACUACACAACUACUGGCCUGCUGGGGCGGCCGUGAGAUCGCCCGCCCCCAAAGAGGAAGAGGAGGAGGAAGAGGAAGAAGGCGCUGACGAGGGGCCAAAGGAGGAUGGCCCCGUGGCAGCUGUCGAAACGGCCUAACCUCCUCACUGCAGAACUCGUUUGUGCACUAUUUCUUUUCAUCCGCUCGGCCAGACCGUCAGUGGCGAGAUGAUAUACUAUUCCCGGACGUUGUCGCCGAGACAAAAUGCACUAAGACCCACUUCCCCACUCUCCAAUUCCGUGCCUUAAGCAGCCUAUAAAGCCAAGGAGAGUGGGGUCAAGCGGAUGGGGGGGGGUGUAUGGAGGGCACCAACGACCAAUUGGUGCCUGUUUGCUCAGGGUGUCUAAAAUAAGCAUAUAUUUGCAGGGAAAGGAAGCACGGUUGAGUUUUUGCUUCCCCGGCCGAUGAAAAGCGAAAGGGCUG